AUGCUGAUGUUGCGCAGAGGUUUGCAUAUGCCCAUGAGCAUGGGGAUAGCGUCAUCCAUCGCCAAACAUAAACACUUCUCCACUGGUUCGUUAUUAUGGAAUCAACUAUCAAAGAGUGAGGACGUAGGUGCUACUGUGAUCACUCCCAAAAUAUUGAAGAUUGUUCCUAAUACUACGGAUAUAGUGGAAUUGGAAAAACAAGAUAUGUUGAUUAGAAGACGGAGGAAAUUGGCUAAAGAAGUCACUGAAAUGAAGAAAUACAAACCUAUAUCACCCGGUGUGAGAUGGUACAGACACCCUGUGUACCCGUAUCUUUACAAAGGAAGACCUAUUAGAUAUUUGACUACGAUCAAGAAGAAUCAUGGUGGUCGUAAUAGUACCGGGAAAAUUACUGUGCGUCAUAGAGGUGGUGGCCAUAAACGUAGAUUAAGAUUAAUCGAUUUCACAAGAAUGGAGGCAGGGAAACAUUUAGUGAAAAGAAUCGAAUACGAUCCAAAUAGAACUGGCCAUAUUGCUCUAUUAGAAUCUCAGGAGACUCAGAAAUUAUCUUAUAUUAUUGCUUGUGAUGGACUUAGAGAAGGAGACACCGUGGAAUCAUAUCGUAAAGGGAUAUCCUCAGCUUUGUUAAACGAAAUGGGCGGGAAGAUCGACCCUGCUAUCUUAAGUGUGAAGACCGCUCAAAGAGGUAAUUGUUUACCAAUCUCAAUGAUUCCCAUUGGUACCGUAGUACAUAACGUCGGGAUUACACCUUUUGGACCUGCUAAGUUUUGUAGAUCUGCAGGGACUUAUGCUAGAAUCAUCUCCAAAUUGAAUGAAAAGAAAAGAGCUGUGGUACGUUUACAAAGUGGAGAACAUAGAUAUGUCUCUCUAGAAGCGUGCGCUACUAUUGGGAUAGUCUCUAAUAUCGAUCAUCAGAAUAGUUCUUUGGGUAAAGCUGGUAGAUCUAGAUGGUUAGGUAUUAGACCUACUGUCAGAGGUGUUGCUAUGAACAAAUCAGAUCAUCCUUUGGGUGGUGGUCGUGGUAAAUCCAAGUCCAAUAAAUUGUCUAUGUCACCUUGGGGUCAAUUAUCGAAAGGUUAUAAGACUAGAAGAGGUAAGAACCAAAAUAGAAUGAAGGUAAAGGACAGACCAAGAGGUAAACAAAAAUGA